UUUUGGGGAGGGGAGGUUUAACGCAGAGCGAGGAAUGCGAAGACACGCUCGAAACUGGAGCGGAGCCACACGGCGUGUCCUGACACAGCGAGCGACAGCCCACCCGAGACCCGGACCCGCGAUGUGCGUUUGACACCCCUCGUCCGCAAGCAGGAGGUCAGCCUUCAGGCAAGGGGGCCGCAGGGGGCCGUGCGUGCGAUGGGAGGGGGGGCCUGCCUGCAGACCCUCUCUCGGUGAGCGUCAGGUGAGGUGCUCGGCGUGCCAGGCGGGGGCUCGACUUGGACAGGCCUGCCGGGGCCGGGGGCGGCUGGCGUCUGCCCCCCGACAUGCUGACCAUCAAACUCCCCCAGCUGUUUGAUAUUCACCAGGUGCCCCGGGUCUUCCGAGAGGAUGGCAUUAUUUCCGGGUACCGUCACCCUCGGAGCUCGGCCCUGGACUGUAUCCUGAGCAGUUUUCAGAUGACCAAUGAAACCGUCAACAUCUGGACCCAUUUCCUGCCCACAUGGUAUUUCCUGUGGCGGUUCACCAUGCUGUGCUCGUCCCUGGACUUCCUGAACGAGAGCUACACCUGGCCCCUGCUGGUCUACAUGGUGCUGAUCUGCCUGUACCCCUUCACCUCCAGCUGUGCCCACACCUUCAGCUCCAUGUCUGCUGAGGCCAGGCACAUCUGCUACUUCCUGGACUACGGCGCGCUGAGCCUCUACAGCUUGGGCUGUGCCAUCACCUACGGUGCCUAUGUGAUGCCCGAUUGCUGGGUGAACAGCUGGCUUCACCAGAACUUCGUGCCCAUCGCCGUCCUGAACACCCUCAUCUGCACCGGCCUGUCCUGCUACUCCAGGUUUCCAGAGCUAGACUUUCCUCACUGGAGCAAGGUUGUUCGGACGGGUGCCUUUGUUUAUCCCUUCCUCUUCGACAACAUCCCCCUCUUUUACAGACUGCUGCUGUGCCUGGGAGACAGCUGCAGCCACACGGAGGCGCUGUCCAGUCACUGUCACCACCUGCUCUUCGCCUUCCUCACCUGCUUCCUCUUCGCCUCGCACCUGCCCGAGAGGCUGGCCCCUGGACGCUUUGACUACAUCGGUCACAGCCAUCAGCUGUUCCACAUCUGCGCGGUUGUGGGCACACACUUCCAGAUGGAGGCGGUCCUGGCCGACAUGAGCUCUCGCCGGGGCUGGCUGUCCGCCCACUCCGCUCUGCCUUCCUUCCCCGGUACGGUGGGCGCCCUCGGAGUGGGCAUCCUGCUCAACCUGGCCAUCAUCGGCCUCUUCAGCGCCACCUUGCUGUGGGCGCCCAACGGUGCCCUCUCUCCCUGCCCCCCGAACCAUGUCCCAAGCCCACGAAGGCUGGAACAGAAGGAGAAAUAGAAACCCGAACUCUGUGUGGCCCCCUACUGUCCCAGCAGAGACCUGUUGCUUAUUCUUCUUGUUUUCAUGGCUUUCUGAACUGAGCUGUUCCUCCAUUAAAGUAAUCGUAGAGCACAGGCGGACCUUCCUGACCAUAGGUUCCAGGCUGGAGCUGUGAUCGGGAUUCCCAAAGGUCUGGUGUACAAUUGGCUGAGGAUCACCAAGGACAGGGUGAGAUUACUCAGUCAGGCCUCUGUUGGCUCUCAGUGACAUCCUGAGGCCACCUGGGUUAUUGCAGGCAUGCAGUGCAGUGUGAAGGCCACACCUCUCCUCCAAUCAGCACUGAUCCUCUGAUUAGGGGCGGUGCUACCUGUGACACACAUGCCUCUCCUCCAGUCAGUGCUGUGGAUUGAAGGUGGGCGGGGCAGAGGAGUCUGCCUGCACUUCCUCAUUCCCCCCAUGUGCGGUCACAGGGUUUAUAGUUGAGAUUAUUUUGAGAACAACAGUUGGUUGUUACAACAUUGGGUUGGUAUAACAAAAUUAAUUGGUGAUUCUAAAUCGUAAAGAAUGAUCUCUUGCCAGACAGACAGAGUGAGACUGGAGAAUGGUUUCAGAGGACCAGGACAACAAGGAAGCAAACACAGACUGAAUCAGUUCUGUGUUAGCUUGUGUGAGAGGGGUGCGUUCGAGUCGGACAUCUCUCCCAGUGGACCGUGGAGUCAGGCUCAAAUGGAAUGUGGCUCUUGACAACCAUAAACAUCACAGACACUCAUCUCUGCAGCUGUUGGCUGUUCAAACACUCAUAUCCUGUAUCUUGAUCUUGUAAUGAUCGUGUUUAUUUGGAAAUGUAGUAGCCUUCCCUUGAAAAAGGUGGCCCAGCAACAAAAUACUAGGCCUAACUAUUGCAAGCAAGCAAGGUCAGGAGGAUUGUCUUGUCACUCCUGCACAGCUCCUGAUGUGAGCCCUCUUGUGUGUAUAUUCCAAACGUGCUUCCCUAGAAACUAUUUUGCAAAUGCAAACAAGGAAGCAAGGGUAUCGAUAAUGAUGUGGGAACCUUGUCGAAGGUGACUGUUAUCACAACCUUUGGUGAAAUAUAUCCCGCCAAGUGCACUUAAAACUUUUGGCAGAGUGUAAAAGAUGCCAGUUAUCCAGUGGGUGUGUAAACGGCCCCUGACGAUGUCCAAUGGAUUGUGCCAUUCCACCAUCUUUGUAAGGUGUGGGAACAUUGUAAAGUGCAAUUGUGCUCAAAGCACUUUGAACCUGAGGUAGAAACGCCCAUUGGGAUUAAACGCCCAUCUCCUUUAGCAUUCUUUCUUUCCUUUUCCAUUUCUACUCACCUAUUCUCCUAUUCUCCUGUGCCCCGUUCCUGUACAAUUGGCCUGUGUUAAAUUUUCAUAAAAGUGCUUGCUGUGCCUUUAACCAUUUACAGAGUUUUCUGUAUGACGCCAAUUAGUUUUGAAGUAUCACGCUCUUUCUCACUCGUUUGUACUUUUCAAAUGUCUUGAUGAUGACUUAUGAGACACCUGCUAGGACCUUUUGAGGAAGGUGGGCUCUUCCCUCCUCACCCCUGACCCCUACGUCUUCAUGGGCCGAUCGAAGGAGCUCCUGCCCCCAGAGCACCUAAUGAGAUGUUUGUCACCCCCAGAGGUGAGAGAGCGCUCCUCCUGUUUUGUAGCAGGUGCUACAUCAGCCUUUCAGAUUCUGACCAGUGAAUGCUCAGAAGAGUUUUUAACAAUUUGUGAAGAAAGGACACAAACUCAGUGGCACUUAUAUUCCUCAACAUAGCACUUAACAUAUGUUUGUAAGACCUUUUCAUAUCUAGAUUUUUUGAAAAGCAAGAGGAAAAACGUUGCAGUUUAUCCACAGAAGUUUUAUUUAUAGAUUUUAUUUUUUGCUUAACAAAAAUCCCUUUUGAUUAUCCUACCACUCCCCUGCUCAGCGGGGGCUUAAAGCUUUCAAGUUGAACCCAAGCCUGUCCCGUGAAAUGGAAACAGACCCAGCUGGUGUGUAAUGUGGAGAGGGGGUUUGUGAAUAACUGUAGCUUUUACUGGUAGAGCUGCACUAGGAAAGCCAAAAACACUUUUAGUACAUGCAGAGAUCUGAAACGAGUUGCUCUAGGAAGCGCGUGUAUUAAAAUGCCCCAGUCUGUCCGGAGUUUGGAUUUGAUUUGCAUAUCAGAUUGGAACUGCUGCCAUCUGGGGAAGGUUGUGCCAGACAAACAUGCUUAAGAUUGUCGCAUUUUAUCAAAGACAUUAAUGUUACAACUGCUCUCCAUUAAGUUUGAUGCAAGAGGAAGAAAAACAUGACUGUAAAUAGGGGAAAAAGCAGUAGAGACAGAAGCAGUAGUUCAGGUCAGGCAGUCAUGAAGGAACAGCAAGUGGUUUGUGUGGUUUGUGAGGGGCUUGUGUUGUGCAAUUUUUAAUUGAAGGCUUUCUAGUCCGUAGAGCUUUGUAGCAGUCCAGCUGCGUUGGGCUUAGAGGCAUGUUGUGUAGGACAGGCCGAACCUGAGCCUAGCUGGGACUGAAGAGCGAGGGAGAAGGGGAGAAAAACAGCUUUGCAUUUAAAACGGAAAGUUUCUGGGGCGAUCAGAGGGCUUUAGUCUGUCCGGGCAGGAAUGUUUCUAAAGAGUUGACCUGUUAGAUCGUCUGUUUCAAUCUUGACCUUUCACCUUUGACUUGCCAGUGCAGGAGAUUGUGCUGGUGUUGUGCUAGACUGUAGAUCCUGUAUCAGUUGCACGAUAAGAGAAUCUUUAAUAGCAAUAUCCGCAUCUGAGCUAAUGAAUCUUAUUCUAAACUGGGUACAAAAAAGAAAAAAAGCAGGACAGAAGAAUAGUCUGCCUGUAGAAGCUCUGUCUUCUUUGCUUGAAGACAUCCAGUCCUGAUUGAGAGACCCAAUCCAGCAGGCUAGAAGUCACUGGCUGCUUCAGAUACUUGGAUAACAGGUUAGCUGUUCGUUGAUCAGGUUGGUUAGAUGGGUUAAAUUGGUGCAGUUACAUUUUGUUAAAACUUUGUUGUUAAACUUGAAUUAACACCUUAUACUUGGCCUAAGAUUUCUAAUAACUGACAAAAGCUGGCCGGAAUGGAUUGUAGGUCGGAAACCCAAAAGAGUGGCCCACUUGAAUUAAAGUAGGGAAGACAUGGGGUCCUGUGGUCCUUAUUCCAGAGAAAUGGGUGGUUUGAGAGUGGAAUAGCUGUGCAAAUCACACACACGCCUCACAACCAGGCUAGCAUAGCACUUCCUGUCUGUUGUCACUGAACUGUGAUCCAGCCAGUUCUGCACCCUACCACUUUGCCCCCAAUGAUAUACUUCAUUGAAUUAAGAGGUCGCCUACCUCUGCUCAAAUUAAAAGCCAAAUUAACAUAAUAGACAAGUUAUUUUGUCUGUUCAUUUUAGGUGCUUGUAGCAUAUUGAGCUGAAGAUCUUAUCCUGUAGUUUCUUAAAGGGUCCCAGGAAAUGGGUUUGGGAAAUGUACCUAGAUGGCUUGUUCCUGACCUCGGCCACUCUUUGUAUAAAGAUGUGUCUUCCGUUGUCAGCCCUAGUCCAGAUCUCGGACUCUUUGCUUGGUCUGUAAUGAUAGGUGAUUCCUGAUCAAUGCCAGACCUGGGUGUCCAGUGCCAGUUUGUGUCCAAGAAGGCUGAUUUUGUCCUGUCAAGCACCAGUCCAGCACAUCAGAACUCCCAGAAGGCUUUAUUUUUUCCACAGCCUGCCUGCGUGCACGGGUGCCCCUCCACAUGAAGGAAAUCAACAGGCCAGGAUAUUGUGCCGAACUUCUCCGCACUUCCUGAUAAUCAUUGGACGAUUAUCCCAACUGGCGCCACGCUUGUGUCGGGAAACUCUUAACACAAGUCUGCUUCUGCUGGUUUCAGCCAGUGCCAGCCACUCUCUCCUUGUCGGGGAGAGAUGCUGGGUCUUCUUGUUUUCCGUGCAUCCUGAUCCAUCAGCAAGGAAUUAAUGAGUUAAUUGAAUCAGGUAUUGAUUAAAUGGGGAUAAAUGAGUACUGUUUCCAGGUCUUUAGUCAAUCAGGUCAUUACGUUCCCUAUAUAACCUGCAGGGCUAUAGUCUCUAGGCUGCUGUUGUGAUGUUUUUCAACCUUAGAUGAAUGUUUCAGGUCUUGUCUGUGAUAAACAGAACCACUGGAAAAACCUCUCAGACAAGACUAAACUCUAAACUCUUUUAACCCGCUGAACAUACUGUAUAAACGGUGCCUUUAAUGACUUUCCCAGUUUUCCAGCUGUUCAUGUCGAAUGUUUCUGUGCUUUUUUUUGUUGUAACGUACGAAGCAGUGGGUUUUUAGCAAGUGCCUUGUUCGUGUAGCAGGUCCCAUGUCCCCACUGCCCGCCGGCUGUGUUAAUCCCUCUAGAAAGUGUUAUUUUAUACUAAAAUGUACCAGACUUAUAUUUACUAAGUAAAAGUUUUCAAAACAGAAGUAUAGCACUGAUAUUCUCGGAAUAAAAAAAAAAGCAACUGACCACUUCGCUGAG